UCUACUCCUGAACAUUUUAAACCAACUCAAGAAGAAUUAGACAGGUUACAACAAUCAAGAAUUCCUUCAAAUACUUUGCAAAACACAAACAAAUGGGUUAGGGUUUUAAAUGACUGGCGCAAAGUAGUUGGGUACAACUAUUUGCUUGAAUCUUUAGAUGAUAAAGAUAGAAUCGAAAAGGAAGUAAGUGAAUUUAUUGUAGGUGCUAAAACCAAACAAAAUCAAGUAUAUUCUAGAUCAUCACUUAAGAAUGCUGUUGCUGGAAUCAGUCAACACCUCAGAAAUGUCAAAAAAGAUUGGAACUACAAUUUAUGCAAAAAAGAGCAUUUUCCAAAAUUAAAUGGGAUUUUAGAUGGACAACUGAAGUUAAUGAAAAAACAAGGCAUAGGCGAAGCUAGACCAUAUGAUGCUUUAACUAGUGAUGAAGUUAAAUUAAUAUUGAAUCACAAUGUUUGCUCUCCAAAUAAUCCAGCUGGUUUACUUUAUCGUAUUUUUAUGUGGAUAUGUUUACUUGGUUGUGCCAGAGGUGGUGAACAUCAUUCUUUGGUUAUUUCACAAUUUGAGGAUACAGAAGAUGGUUUUAUCCUAAAAAAGUAUCAAAUGAAAAAUGAUCAAGGUGGUAUUGAAGGAAGGCAGACAUCUCAUGUUAUUUUUUUUCCAAAAGAUCCAUCUAGUGUUAAUGGUCCAAAUUAUGAUAUAAGAUUGUAUCUUUCUAAACGUCCUUCUCAUUAUAAAUGUAAGUCACUUUAUUUAAAAGUGACUCAAAAUAUUGAAGGUAUAAACAAUGGUAUUUGGUAUGAAGACAAGAAACUUGGAGAUAAAACAAUUAACAAAAUGUUUCAUGAUAUUUGUGUUAAGGCUGGUAUAAACAUAUCCAAUCGAAAUAUUGGAAAUCAUUCAGGUCGCACAACCUCUAUUCAAUCAAUUUUUAAUGCUGGACAUGAAGAAUUGAAGGCUAUGUCAAUAUCUGGACAUGUUUCUCAGCCAGGAAUACGUUCUUAUUUAAAAGUUACUGGUGAUCAAAAAAGAGAAAUAUUAGGAUCAGUCUUGAAUGGUAUUAUAGAUCCUUCUUCCAAUUUAACUUCAAAUAACAAAAGCAAUAAAGUUAAUGAUGUAGUUAGUGGUGAACUUGAUGUUAUGAGUAUAUAUAGUGAACCAGAAGAUGAACCUGACAUAGGUAGUGAACUUGAUGUAGUUAAUGAACUUGAUGAAGAUAAUGAGCCUGAUGUAGUUGAUGCAGAUGGUGGAAUUAAUGGAUCUGGCAAACCUAAUCUUGGUAAAAAUUCUAGUCAAUUUCAAUCUGCCCUUCAUUUACUCAAAAACAAAAGAACAUUCAGUGAUAUUACAAACAAUAUUGAUCAUGAAGAUGCAAGAGAUUCUAAAAAA